CAUGCCUAUUGUAGUAACAACAUGACCAUUUGAUUUAUAUAAUCUCUGUGUUGAGCCCGAUCCCGAUGUCCUACCAAAGAGUCAACAUGAUUAAUCGUUGUGGGACUAUAACAAUUGAGGGUGAGGAAGAUGAUUCUUUUUGGGGUAAAAAAACGACUUUAGAAAAGGUCUUGAUUGUGGUUUGUGCAUUCACUAUUAUUCUAUCGAUUUGCCUAAUUAUUGGAAUAGCCAUCAUUAGUACUCGUUCACAGGUUUCUGUUUCUGAAGAAAAAACUUAUGAAGUAUGCGAUAGCGAAAUUUGUCAAGAACUCGAAGAGAAAUUUAUUUCUUCUAUCAACACCAGUAUCGAGCCUUGUGAUGACUUUUAUUCUUACGUGUGUUCUGGAUUCAUGGAAUCGAAUUCAGGUUCAACUAAUUAUACAUCAAUAGAAUAUUUAUUAGAACGUGUAAUAAAGCAAUUAAAAGAUAUAAUUCAACAUAUGAAAACAAAUACGUCUACAAGUACACUACACAAAAAAGUUUCGAAUCUGUACAAGGGAUGCAUUAAUACAGAAAAGAGAGAGAAAAUCGGAGUGAAACCAUUGAAAAAUUUAGUAAAUGAAAUAGGAGGUUGGCCUCUUCUCGGUAGUAAAAUUGAUAAUGAUUACGAUUGGGAAAAGAUGUUUGCUUUGUCUUCACGUGAAUAUGCAAUGAAUAUGAUCAUUAAUAUUGCUGUCAUCGUCGAUACAAAAGAUACAACAAGACAUAUUAUACAAAUUGAUCAUAGCACAUUGGUUCACGAAGAUUUAUUGCUCAAAGAAUCAUUCAACAAAUCUGACUACGAAGAAGAAAUUAAAGAAAUGGCAAUUUUAUUAAAUACUACCAUCGAUAACUCUACUCUUCGUAAAGAUAUCGAAGACAUAAUCCAUUUCGAAACGGCAUUAGCAACAAUUUUUAGAUCUGAAGUGACGUAUUCCGAAAUAUUGUAUAAUAAAAUGACAAUUUCAAAAUUUCAAAGUGACCUCGGACAAAAUUUAAACAUAACUAAGAUUUUGAAUCAAGUGUUCCAAGGUGUAGCAAACAUAACUGACAACACGGAAAUCAUUGUGACGAAACCGGAGCUUAUAAAUAAUGUAUCGAAACUCAUUCGAACUACAGAUAAAAGAAUAUUAGCUAAUUAUAUGGGAUGGAGAAUCAUAAGGAAUUUUAGUCCAUUUACAACAAAAUAUCUAGAAGAAAAAUAUAUAUAUCAUUCAUAUCAACUAGGAGAUUCAGAGACACCGAAUUCUUUAGGAGACUAUUGCAUGGAUGAAGUUAAUGUUAAUUUUGGUUUUGUUUUGGGAAAUAUUUAUAUAAACCAAACAUUUAAUGAAAAUAUCAAUGUGGAGAUUGAAAGAAUGGUGGACGAUUUAAAAGAUUCCUUUGAUUCUAUUCUGACUGUAUCUGACUGGAUGGACUUGAAGACAAAGAGAAUAGCCAAAGCUAAAUUGCAUCAAAUGUUAGCCAUGGUAGCUUAUCCACCUUGGAUUAUGAAUGAGACAUUAUUAAAUAGAUAUUAUGAAAAGGUUGGUGACAUAAAAGAAGAUAAUUAUUUUCAAAGUAUUUUAAAUUUGCAAAAAUUCUAUCGGUAUAAAGAGUUACAGUCCAUAAACAAGUUGGUUGACAGAACUGAACAAUGGAAACAUCCUACAGAAGUAAAUGGAUUUUAUGACAUUUCCAUGAAUACAAUCGAAUUUCCUGCUGGAAUCUUACAGUUUCCACUUUAUGACGUUGGUCUUCCAAACGCCAUUAAUUAUGGGACAAUAGGUUACCUUAUCGGCCAUGAAAUUACUCACGGAUUCGAUAAUGAAGGUAGUAAAUACGAUUCCUUUGGAAACCUACGAGAAUGGUGGAGUCCCAAUGUCAGAAAAAUUUUCAAUAAUAAAACAGAAUGUUUUGUGAAUCAAUAUAACAGUUACGAAGAUCCUAUCACAAAAAUGAAGUUAAAUGGAACAAAUACACUGGCAGAAAAUGUUGCAGAUAAUGGAGGAGUUCAUACAGCUUUCAAGGCAUAUAAGUUAUACUUAACAAAAUAUGGAAUGGAAAACGAUAAAAUCCUACCAAAGUUGAAAUUAACUCCGGAACAAUUAUUUUUCGUUGCAUUUGCUUCCUUGCACUGUUCACACGAGAACGCAACGGAACUUAAAUACAACAUCGAAAAUGAUGAACACAGUAUUCCUCGCUUCAGAGUAUUAGGAUCUCUUUCCAAUAAUCAAGAUUUUUAUAAAGCGUUCAACUGUAACGAUAAUUCAAAAAUGUUUGGCAAGGAAAAAUGUUCGCUUUGGUGAUGCAAUUCAAUUGAAAGAAUAUAUGCAAUAUAAAUAAUAUUUGAAUAUAACAUAAUAUUUUCUGUAAAAUUAUGAUAUUAUUUUUGUAUUCGUAAUUUAAAAGAU